AUGGAACUAUUCAAUCAAUCCUCUUCAAGCAGAUUUUCUCUCCUCGGUUUGUCCACUGUUCCAUACUUGAAGGUCAUUGGUUUUCUGACCUUCUUGGUGAUGUAUUUGAUAACAUUAUUAGCAAACCUUCUACUGAUAAUUGUGGUGAGGAUUAAUCUGAAGCUCCAGACUCCCAUGUACUUUUUUCUUACUAACCUCUCCUUCAUUGACAUUUGCUUCUCUACCACUGUAGUCCCUAAAAUCCUACAGAACACAUUGACCAAGGACAGGAGCAUCUCUCUACUAGAAUGUGCUGUCCAGAUGCACUUCCACUUGACUUUUGGGUCAACAGAGUGUCUCAUACUUGCAGUCAUGGCCUAUGAUAGAUUUGCUGCAAUCUGUAGACCGCUGCACUACAAUUCCAUCAUGAGCUGGAAGAGGUGUAACUGUCUAGCUGUUAUGUCAUGGACCACAAGCUUCUUCAACUCCAUUAUACAUGUGAUCUACACCUUCCAGAUGUCUUUCUGUCAUUCCCAUGUCAACCAUUUCUUUUGUGAGGUACCCCCAUUUUUACAAAUAUCCUGCAGUGAUACUUGGCUCCAUGAGGUAGCUAUGUAUAUUUCAGCAGGGAUCAUAGGUAGCUUAUCCUUUUUAUUCACCUUGAUUUCAUAUUAUUUUAUUCUUUCCACUAUCUUGAAGAUCAGAUCUUCUCUUGGAAGGUAUAAAGCUCUCUCCACAUGUGCCUCCCACAUCGUUGUGGUGACUCUUUACUAUGGGACCAUUAUGAUUCUGUAUUUACGACCUCGUUCCCAUUCUUCUCCAGAUGUAGACAAGUGUGCCUCCAUCCUCUACUCAACUGUAACACCCAUGCUAAACCCUAUCAUCUACAGUGUCCGAAAUAAAGUUGUCAAAGACACCGUAAGACAGAUUCUUGUUAAAUAG